AUGGCGAACAUCUCGCAUGAGUCCUACUUCGUCUAUAAUCGGCGCCGAGCAUGGUCGAGCGAGACGAAAAGGAUACAGUACAUGGCCUACGGAUGGCAUCCCCAUUGUGACAACUCGACGAUUGAUCUUAGUCUCGAGUACGCUGGCUAUCACGGACGGUCUGAUCCGAAUGAGCUCUGA